GUCAGUUGUGUUCGUAGCCACGAUGAAGACUUAAAGUUCCGGAAGAGGCUCUGCGGCAUGAGUGUGCUGUUUUGUCGCGAGCUGUUUGUUUCAGUUUUGUUUUUUUAGUUAGCAAAAAAAUCGGACACCUGUAUUUUUUUAAUUUGGGGAUUUAUCACUUCUUUUAAGUGACAUGAGUUACGAUCGAGCCAUUACUGUUUUCUCUCCUGACGGGCAUCUCUUCCAGGUUGAAUAUGCCCAAGAAGCAGUGAAAAAGGGAUCCACGGCGGUUGGGGUACGAGGAAAAGAUAUUGUUGUCCUUGGUGUAGAGAAGAAGUCCGUGGCCAAACUUCAGGAUGAAAGAACUGUUAGGAAGAUUUGCGAACUGGAUGACAAUGUAUGCAUGGCUUUUGCAGGACUUACAGCAGAUGCAAGAAUUGUUAUAAACCGGGCUCGUGUGGAGUGCCAAAGCCAUAGACUUACUGUGGAGGAUCCUGUCACAGUGGAGUAUAUAACCCGCUAUAUUGCGAGUCUGAAACAACGUUAUACCCAGAGCAAUGGUCGUAGACCCUUUGGCAUCUCAUCCUUGAUUGUUGGAUUUGACUAUGAUGGAACUCCAAGACUUUAUCAGACAGACCCUUCAGGAACAUACCAUGCAUGGAAGGGUAAUGCCAUUGGGCGAGGAGCCAAAUCAGUGCGUGAAUUCUUGGAGAAAAAUUAUACUGAGGAAGCAAUUGCUACAGAUGACCUAACAAUCAAACUUGUUAUUAAGGCACUACUUGAAGUGGUACAGUCCGGUGGAAAAAACAUUGAAUUAGCAGUUAUGAGAAGAAACCAACCUCUUAAGACUUUAGAUCCUGAAGAUAUUGAAAAAUAUGUUGCAGAAAUUGAAAAAGAAAAAGAAGAAAAUGAGAAGAAGAAAAAGAAGCCAGCAGCAUCUUAAUUUUUAUUUUAUUUUUUUGCUUAAACUGCAUUGUAUUUUAUAUGCAUUAACUUAAGGGAUAAUUCUGAUAGUGUAAAGGUUAAUGGGCACUAAACAUUUAGUAACUUGAUUUUUUAAAUCAGCUGCUGACCUGCAAAAGACAUUCUGGGUCCCUAGAAAAUCAUGGCCACGAUACUGGUCACUUUCAAGAUUGAAUUUACUGGCAUAACUGACUUCAGUUUACAGUCUGCAAGGUGUGUGUAUAAAUGCAGAUUUCAUAUGUAGCUUAUCCAUACAGUACCAGUAAAUGUAUUUUUAGCAUUUUGGACAUUAAGCAGUUAUAAACAUAAAACGUUAUACCCCAGAAUAACCUUUCUAUAAAGAAAGCAUUUUUGAUAUGAA